GAAACUCAAGUAUUCGAAUAAACUCGAGAAGACACACUCUACUAUAACACGAUGCUUGUUUAUGUUUAUCUACUGCCAUGCUUGACAGCUGUAAAAGCAGGUUCUCACUCGCUGAUGGCUUUCGCUACAUAUAUAAUCGGACACACACCAUUCCCAGAGUUCAGUGCUGUAGUGAUGCUGGAUGAUCUGCAAGUGAUGUACUACGACUCGAUCACACGACAGGCUGUCCAUCGCCUUCACAAUGAUUCAACACGCGAUGGUGAAGAGAGUAGUGAUGCUGCUGUUAUAUUUCGUGACAUGUUCAACGACAUGAAAGAUCGAGCAUUUUAUCUUAAGGAGCACCUAAAUCACACUGACGGUGUACAUGUUCAUCAGAGGCUUGCUGGAUGCGAAUUGAUUAACGAUGACAAACCAGGUUUACUCCAGACAUGGGAUGCUUUUGAUCAGCAAAACAAAGAGGAGUUCAUUUUCAACGUGGAGAAAAAUACUUUCCAGAUUGAAUUGCCUUGGAUGAUAUGGGACCAUUUACAAUUCCUUCAUAUGAAGUUUUUAUAUACGAAUGUAUAUCAUCCUAUUUGCAUAAAGAUUUUACAGGGUUACCUGCAAAGUAAAAAGAACAAUGUGAUGAGAAAAGUGAAACCCAGAGUCAGACUCAUGCAGAAGAAACGGUCAGAUUCUCAAAGUCUUCAGAUCAGCUGUCUGGCCACUGGUUUUUACCCACGUCACAUUAACCUGACCCUGUUCAGAGAUGCAGAGGCUGUGGAUGAUGAUCAGAUCACAGGAGGAGAGAUUCUGCCCAAUGGAGACGGGACGUACCAGAUGAGGAAGAGUUUGACUAUCAGUGAAGAAGAGCUGCGGGAAGCACAUCAAUACAACUGCACAGUGAAACACCUCAAUCUGGACAACAAACUAGACAUUGUGUUUGUUUCAGAUGUGGCAGAAUGUGACCUCGGAUCCUUCAAUGUGUCUUCAGUGGUCGGAGUGCUGGUGUUCAUUAGUGUGCUCAUUCUCAUUAUAACUGCAUUUAUCAUGUGGAGGAAGAGACGAGCUACUGGUUCAGGUUCCCAGAGAUUACAGAUUCAGUACAUUUCUACUCUGUGUGAGUGCUUUUUGAUUUUUAAAUGUUCACAAGUAAUGAAAAAAAUAUUAGCUGCAAAAAUGCUUGUUUUUGCGCACAUGUUGUCAUUUUUGGUUGUCGUUGACGCAGGUAUAUCCAGAGGCUCUCACUCACUCAUGGCUUUGGCAACUUAUAUAGUUGGAGAGACACCAUUUGCAGAGUUUACAGUCGUGCUGAUGCUGGAUGAUGUGCAAAUAGCGUAUUAUGACUCAACCACGUGGAAAGUUGUCUAUCGCACUCACAGCGAUUCAAAAUACUAUGACGAGGAGCAAAGUGACGGUGGAGUUGUAUUUCAGUACAUAUAUAACAAUCUGAAACAUCAAGCAUUUUAUCUGAAGGACCACCUAAAUCACACAGAUCACACAGGUGUACAUGUUCAUCAGAGACUCGUUGGAUGUGAAUUACUAAACAAUGAUAAACCAGGUCUGCUUAAGUCGUGGGAUGCAUUCAAUCAACUAAAUACAGAAGAGUUUGCCUUUAAUGCAGAAAAAAAUGAUAUCCAAGUGAAAAAGCCCUGGAUGUCAUGGAGCCAACAAGAAUGGCAUAAUAAAAAGUUUCUGCAUGAAUAUAUUUAUCAGCCUAUAUGCAUUAAGACUUUGAGGAGGUACCUGGAGGUGGAAAAGAACAGUGUCAUGAGAAAAGUGAAACCCAGAGUCAGACUCAUGCAGAAGAAACUGUCAGACUCUCAAGAUCUUCAGAUCAGCUGUCUGGCCACUGGUUUUUACCCACGUCACAUUAACCUGACCCUGUUCAGAGAUGCUGAACCUGUGGAUGAUGAUCAGAUCACAGGAGGAGAGAUUCUGCCCAAUGGAGACGGGACGUACCAGAUGAGGAAGAGUUUGAUCAUCAGUAAAGACGAGCUGCGUGAAGGACAUCAAUACAACUGCACAGUGAAACACCUCAAUCUGGACAACAAACUAGACAUUAUGUUUGAUGUGUCUGAAUAUGACCCAGGAUCCUUCAGUGUGUCUACAGUGAUUGGUGUGCUGGUGUUUAUGUGUGUGUUUGUUCUCAUCAUAACGACACUCAUCAUGUGGAAAAGGAGACGAGAUACUGGAAAAGGCUCCGAAAAGUCACAGAGCGAUUACUCCCCUACUCCAUCUUCUUUGCAAGAUGAAUAAUGAAAAGGAUUAUAUUUAGAUUUUGUUGUGAUGAAUCCAUUAAUUAUAAUUUUACUGAAAUGUCAAAAUGAGAAUGUACAGUUGUACAGUGUUCAGCAUAAUUGAUGACACACCAUUUUGAAGAUGAAUAUUUGUAUUAAUUUCUCAGUGAAUAUAGGUGAUGUAUUUUGGUGCAUUUAAACAAAACAGAUUUAUUACACAGAUAUAUUUAUUAAAAUAAUAUUUUAGCACCAAACAUAUUUAGAAAUGGAAAGAUAAAACAAUUAAAUUCAAGCUAAACAUUGCAAAUAUAUAUAUUUACAACCUACAAAAUUUCAACUAAAUUUUUUUCAAAAAUGUUUGCUUCUCUUGAUUUUUCCUCGUUUUUAAAUUUGUAUUUAACAUUUUUCUAUAACAUAUAAAUGUGGGUGUACUAGUUUUUGAAUCAUUAUCGUUAGUUAUUUUGUUAGAUAAGCUCCAGAUUUGGCUUCAGUACUGACUAAUCUAAUGUAUAUGCACAAAUAUAAUGGUGUACAUCUUCCUAUUAAAAAUAAUAAAAGAAAGAUUUGUGAGGGGUCUACUUAUAUAUGCUGAGCACUGUAAUUUUCAGUCGAAGGGCAACAAGACAAGUGACAUAAGGAGGCAGUAAGUUAAUUGAUAAGUAGAGAAAAGAAUGGGGAGAUGCUGUUGACAAAUACAACUUGCUAUAGAUUGGCGUCUGCUCUCUCAACAGACAGGCAAUGGUGCUUAAGAGCAAGCUUAAAUCAAAUGCUGUGCCAUUGACUUUUUUCUUAUGGAGUCUAACUAAAUAUCAAAUGAAAUACUCACUAAGAAACUGCAGAGAUACAAAAAAUGCCACAGUGGUAGGAUGUAAACAUGCUGUUUCUCAGAAAAGAUUUCACUAUAUUGGAGUAAGUAAAAUGAAGACGUACAUCACUUCCCUUGUUGCCCUUCAACUAAAACAUUAUGACUGAAAUUUACCAUUGUACCAGUAUUGUAUUUUCAGAAUUGUCUUGCUAUAAAAAUAGCAUCAGGCACCACCAGUAUCUGUGCAACCAUUUGACAUACACACUUAAAAUAAUGGUGCCCCCAUAAAAUGAACAGCCUUCUUAAACUGUAAAUGUUUCCUGGGUUUUCUACUACAUAUUUCAGUUCAAGAGUUCACACUUAGCUGAUGAUUGAUUAUAAAGCUUGUUUGGCAUGCUGUCCCGGGAGAGAGCCCUGGGCUCAUAAGAUCCUCGAGCCCGGGGCUCCCUCCCGUUUGCAAGGCGAGAGGGGAGUUUGAGCUAAGGUAGAUCUCGAGAACUCCCCUGCUGUAGUAACUAAAGAACAGAUAGUGAUCGCUCUUAAGAGAUAACUACUUACUAGGUGCAUGUCUAUGGUGCCGAUCUGGAUUACUCAAUUAACUUAAGUUGCAUGUUUUUGGACGGUCGGAGGAAUCGGGGAACCCGGGGAAACCCAUGUGAGCAUGGGAAGAAUGUGUAAACUCCACACAGAAACGUCGACUGGCUUGGUAAGGACUAGAACCAGUGACGUUCUUGCUAUGAGGCAACAGUGCUAACCACUGGGCCACCGUGCCACCCAUCUAGGAAAGGAGGAGGAGUAAGGGUGGAAGGGGAGAUUCUUCAAAAUGAAGAUGGCUGUCAUAUGGAACUUAGGGUAUUUACAGUGGCUUGGGAAUUGUCUGAUUGGUGAAUCAUAAAUUGAAUAAUGCGGGGCCGGCUGCAGGCAAUCAUAAGCACGUGAUCCUCUCGAAAUUAGUUUAGAAAUAAACUAAGGGAGUCUUCCAAGUUGUAAAGGGAUAGUUCAACCAAAAAGAAAAAUUCUCACAAAUAAAAGACUCACAUUCAAAUGUUUCCAAACUAUUAUUAGUUUCUGUCUUGUGUUGAAAACUAAAGAAGAUAUUUUGAAGAAAGCUGGAAACCUGUAAUCAUUCACUUUCAAUAGUAGGAAAAAAAAACUUGGAAGUCGCCGGUUGACUGAUGACAGAUUUUUCAGUUUUGAAUUAAAACCUUAACUACUUUUUAAAGUGCAUUUUACAUAAAUAAGAGGUUACAUAUAAUGUGGCACUAAAAUCUACUUUGUGUCUGUUAUGUAAUGAAGACCUUUUCUUUUAAUGUCAUGGGAGAUUGUGAACGCAACUUUUUUGUGUUACUAACACCGCUUGAUAUUCCUGAAGUUUCACUUUCCUGUUGAGACAAAGCACAGCAAGCAUGGAAAAGUUAAUCAUUAGAAAUGACUAUGAAAGAGCUACUAUAUGGCUAGAAGUAUAGGAAAACAGUCCUAAAGUCAUGAUCAGAUGUAGAUGUGUGAAUAUCAGGGGUGCAGAAAUAGAUAGAUAUGGAAAUUGUAUUUUAUCUAAUAGCACAACUAAGUUUUCCACUGAUUAAAAAGGUUUACAUAAAAGGUUUAA